AUGUUGCAAGAAGCUAUCUUUUAUACAAUAGCUAUGGACAAAUGGGAUAUAAAUCAAGUUUUAAAGAAUUUAAAAGAAAAAGAUGCUUCAUUGGGUGAUAAACUCACAGAAAUGGUCAAAAUUAGCAAUCAAUAUGAACUUCUAUCUAAGGGUGGAUGUAAAAAUGUCCAAGCAAUAGCCUUAAAAAUACUGGGUAUUAAUCCUAGGGAAUUUGAUAUUAGUGUUGGAUUGGUUGAGAGUGGUAUUCGUUCUACCAAAAAAGCAGAAGAUAUCCUACCAUUUUUCUCGCUUGAAAACAAGGACAAUGUGAUUGUGCCAAUUGCAAUUACAGCGACUUCAAAUGAAUCAGAAUAUUGCCACAGAAUGAUUCUUUAUCACGAAGAAGCCCAAUACAAGUUAUAUCAUUCAUUUAGAAUUGAAGAUUUGAAAAUUGACAUCCCAUGCCAAAUAAAUAUUAUAGAAAAUAUUGAUGUUUGGUUAAAAAACCUUAAAAGUUUUUUAUCCUCUGUUACUUGGACUGAAGAUACUAAUCGUUUAUAUUGGAGUUUUGUCUGUUUAGAUUCAAAAGAUUUAAAACUUAAAAUAAAUUCAAAAAUUCAACCUGCAAUCAACUUUUAUGAAAAGUUUGCUUCAUCAAGUGACACUUUGUCUGAAAAGGCAAUUUGUUUUAUUUAUUCAUUAUUAACUUCAAUGAUAAUAUUCCAUAGAAACCAAAUAAGAAAAAGACUAAGAAGGAUUUAUCAUAUGUUCAAAAUCCAUGAAGGUAAAGAUCCAAUCAAAGUAAAAGACCUUCAAUUAAAUCAAAACCAAUAA